AUGCUCGAAUACUACGCUAAUCGCGCUAGCUGGCUGAUAAACACCAUGUUUCAUAUCAAAGAUGAUCCAUUCCGAGGCUUGCAUCGUCUACACACAUUUAUUUAUGCAUCCUUCAAGAAAACUCGCUUACCGCCACAACUCGUGGUGCUCAUUGUCGCGCUUUUAGUUCGAUUGAAAUCCAAUUACCCAAACGCUUGUCGCUCGUCUGAGGCAGCCGGUCACAGACUGUUUUUAGCCGCAUUCAUGAUAUCAUUCAAGACUUGCAUAGAUGACAGCUUCAGUAAUAGCUCCAUAGUAUCUCUCUGUAAUGGAGUCUUUGGAUUGUCUCAGAUCAAUGCCAUGGAGAAAGAGCUGCUUGGGUUGCUCGAUUGGCAGGUGCAUUUCAACGACUACGAACUGGCUCAAACUCAAAGUUUGUUUGGAGAUCCACCCUCUUAUCAGCAGAGCAUGGAUAGAGAAAUGGAUCGUUUAUCCAUACGAAAAACGAGCAAACCAGUGUCGUUGGAGCUGAAAAGCAAGUUCAGUUCACCUAGUUCAGCGAAAGUUUCUGAAGCCUAUGAUAAAGUUAGGCAACCAAAUACACGCUCAAAUUGGAUUUUAUUGGGUCCUGCACAGGAUGGUGGCUUGAAGUUACAAUCUGAAGGUGCAGGCGGCCUUGAGGAAAUCGAAGAAGAGUUUCACGAUGGCCGUAUCCAAUUUGCUUUCGUACGAGUCACCGAUCCUAACACCAAACUCCCGAAAUUGGUUCAAAUCAACUGGUGCGGUGAAUCCGUGCCAGAGUUUAAGAAGGGCAGCUUCCACAUACAGCUCAACCAGCUCUCCCAGCUACUCUCCGGCGCUCACGUUUCUAUUAACGCUAGAGCUCAAGAUGACUUGGACCCUGAUGUCAUCCUCGAUAAGGUUUCUGGCUCUUCUGGCUCCAGAUUCGACUCUGCUGGUCCUAGUCACCCUCCUCCUUCUUCCACCCCCGUUGGUACUGCUUACCAACCCAUUGGAACUCCUGAUAUCGCUGCCAUUCGCGCAAACAGCGCAAACGCUAAACCUGAAGCUCCAGCACCUGUUGGAACUGCAUAUACCCCACCUAGAAACGAACUUGCAAAUCUGAGACAACAGACGCAACAGCAACAGCAAGAAAAGACUGCGCCAUCCAUACCAACUCCAGUCCCAGCUGCCGCACCUCCAACACCAGCUCCAGCUCCAGCUCCAGCACAGCCUCCAAAACCAGCUGCUACUGGUGCUUACGGCGGUAUUGUCGGUAAAGCCGGUGAUUGGUCGGUGCCCAAAACUGCUCCAGUGGGAACACCGGUCCCUGCUCCAUCCCCGGCUCCUGCUCCUACACCUGCUCCUGUUCCUGCUCCACCCACCCCCACUGCAGCACCCGCAAAAACAGAGCAAGACGAGCGUCCAGGUAAGGUAGGCACUGCGUACGAGCCAGUGAAGCUGCCUACGCCGAAAAAACUCGGCAAUCGCUUUCCAUUCGCUCAGAGCAGCGAGAGUGCAGGUGUCUCAAGCGGUGUAGGUACGAUACCCUCUUCAAAUGCUCCAUCAAACCCUCCCAAGAAGCUCACUUGGAGUGAACGCCAAGCACAGGCGCGCAAGGAGGCUGAAGAGGAAGAUGCAAGAUCUGACGCUGCAAUGAGCCAGGCGACGAAUGCAAGCGCAAGUGCAAAUGCAUUCAAUAAUGAUAGUAAUAUCAACGACAAUAGCGCACCUCCACCCCCACCAAUGCCCACGUCCACUCGUCCUCCUGUGGCUCCAGACGCUAUUAGCGCUCCAGUUGCUCCUCCUCCUCCUCCAAUGGCAUCUCGACCUGAACCAGAAGCGGAUGUGAAGGGAGAGGAAGAGACAUUUGCCCCUCCACCUCCUCCACCUGCCCCACCUGCCCCUCCUAUGCCAUCCGAGACAGUAGCAGCAACACCACCACCUCCUCCCCCAGCUCCCCCAGCUCCACCUGCUCAGAGCUCCUACGAAGCUCACGCGGGUCUUGGCCAAUCACCCUCGCAAGAGGCCUUGAUACAGAGUGAAAUGGACAAGAUGAACAUGGAAGAUGAGCAGGAAGCGGAGGAUAGAGCAGCUGCUCCACCAGCACCAGCACCAGCACCAGCUGCCCCGCCAAUCCCACCCAUGCCUGCCCGCUCAGCCACCCAAAAUACCCUCAAGGCAAAGGUAGUAUACGAGUAUGAGGCUACUGAGGACAACGAGAUGGAUCUCGAGGAGGAUGAAGUCAUACACGAUAUCGAACAGAUUGACGAUGGCUGGUGGAGUGGCAAAGCUCGCAAUGGCAGAGAGGGGCUGUUCCCUGCAAAUUAUGUGGAGUUGAUUGAGGAUGGAGUGGGAGUCAAGGCGGAAGUGGAAGCACCAGCAGCGCCUCCUGCGCCUCCUGCGCCUCCUGCUCCACCUGCUCCACCUGCUCAAGUCUCUCAAGCAUCUCAAGCAUCUCAAGCACCCCCACCUCCUCCACCAAUGCCAACACGUCAGGACAACGGCAAGACGGCUACCGCCGAAUACGACUACGAAGCGGGCGAGGAUAACGAGAUUACGUUCGCAGAGGGCGACACUAUCACCCACAUCGAUCCAGUCAGUGAGGAUUGGUAUGAGGGUUUAAGCAAGGAUGGCAGACGCGGACUGUUCCCAGCCAACUAUGUGACGAUGAAUUGA